UCCAGGAACUUGCCCAUUAAUCCUUUUAGUCCUAUCAAGGCUAAAUUUAUCUGCAGUUGAAAUUUAACCUUGAAUUUCAUGAGAAUCCUUCCAGCAGUGUCACCUUAGAGCCCUGGGGGUGGAUCUGGGACAGAAUUCCGGGUACAAAUCACAGCAAGGAUCCUGCCUAAGGCAUUUAUUCCUCAUUUUUUGGGCAGGUUUUGUUUUAUUCCUCAUUUUUUGGGCAGGUUUGGGUUUUAUUCCUCAUUUUUUUGGGCAGGUUUUGUUUUAUUCCUCAUUUUUUGGGCAGGUUUGGGUUUUAUUCCUCAUUUUUUUGGGCAGGUUUUGUUUUAUUCCUCAUUUUUUUGGGCAGGUUUUGUUUUAUUCCUGAUUUUUUUGGGCGUGUUCGGGUUUUAUUCCUCAUUUUUUGGGGCACAUUUUGUUUUAUUCCUCAUUUACUGGGCAGGUUUUGUUUUAUUCCUCAUUUUUUGGGCAGGUUUGGGUUUUAUUCCUCAUUUUUUGGGCAGGUUUGGGUUUUAUUCCUCAUUUUUUGGGCAGGUUUGGGUUUUAUUCCUCACUUUUUGGGCAGGUUUGGGUUUUAUUCCUGAUUUUUUUGGGCAGGUUUGGGUUUUAUUCCUGAUUUUUUUGGGCACGUUUGGGUUUUAUUCCUCAUUUUUUGGGCAGGUUUGGGUUUUAUUCCUCAUUUUUUGGGCAGGUUUGGGUUUUAUUCCUCACUUUUUGGGCAGGUUUGGGUUUUAUUCCUGAUUUUUUUGGGCAGGUUUGGGUUUUAUUCCUGAUUUUUUUGGGCACGUUUGGGUUUUAUUCCUCAUUUUUUGGGCAGGUUUGGGUUUUAUUCCUCAUUUUUUGGGCAGGUUUGGGUUUUAUUCCUCACUUUUUGGGCAGGUUUGGGUUUUAUUCCUGAUUUUUUUGGGCAGGUUUGGGUUUUAUUCCUGAUUUUUUUGGGCACGUUUGGGUUUUAUUCCUCAUUUUUUGGGCAGGUUUGGGUUUUAUUCCUCAUUUUUUGGGGCACAUUUUGUUUUAUUCCUCAUUUUUUCGGCAGGUUUUGUUUUAUUCCUCAUUUUUUGGGGCACAUUUUGUUUUAUUCCUCAUUUAUUGGGCAGGUUUGGGUUUUAUUCCUGAUUUUUCAGGCACGUUUGGGUUUUAUUCCUCAUUUUUGGGCACAUUUUGUUUUAUUCCUCAUUUUUUUGGGCAGGUUUUGUUUUAUUCCUGAUUUUUUUGGGCGUGUUCGGGUUUUAUUCCUCAUUUUUUGGGGCACAUUUUGUUUUAUUCCUCAUUUAUUGGGCAGGUUUUGUUUUAUUCCUCAUUUUUUGGGCAGGUUUGGGUUUUAUUCCUCAUUUUUUGGGCAGGUUUGGGUUUUAUUCCUCAUUUUUUGGGCACGUUUGGGUUUUAUUCCUCAUUUUUUGGGCAGGUUUGGGUUUUAUUCCUCAUUUUUUUGGGCAGGUUUUGUUUUAUUCCUGAUUUUUUUGGGCGUGUUCGGGUUUUAUUCCUCAUUUUUUGGGGCACAUUUUGUUUUAUUCCUCAUUUAUUGGGCAGGUUUUGUUUUAUUCCUCAUUUUUUGGGCAGGUUUGGGUUUUAUUCCUCAUUUUUUGGGCAGGUUUGGGUUUUAUUCCUCAUUUUUUGGGGCACAUUUUGUUUUAUUCCUCAUUUAUUGGGCAGGUUUGGGUUUUAUUCCUCAUUUUUUGGGCAGGUUUGGGUUUUAUUCCUCAUUUUUUGGGCAGGUUUGGGUUUUAUUCCUCACUUUUUGGGCAGGUUUGGGUUUUAUUCCUGAUUUUUUUGGGCAGGUUUGGGUUUUAUUCCUGAUUUUUUUGGGCACGUUUGGGUUUUAUUCCUCAUUUUUUGGGCAGGUUUGGGUUUUAUUCCUCAUUUUUUGGGCACAUUUUGUUUUAUUCCUCAUUUUUGGGGCAGGUUCGGGUUUUAUUCCUCAUUUUUUUGGGGCACAUUUUGUUUUAUUCCUCAUUUAUUGGGCAGGUUUGGGUUUUAUUCCUCAUUUUUUUGGGCACAUUUGGGUUUUAUUCCUCAUUUUUUCGGCAGGUUUUGUUUUAUUCCUCAUUUUUUUGGGCAGGUUUUGUUUUACUCCUGAUUUUUUGGGGCAUAUUUGAGUUUUAUUCCUGAUUUUUUUGGGCGUAUUUAGGAGGUGCUGGGUUUUAUUCCUGAUUUUUUUUGGGCACGUUUGGGUUUUUUUCCUGAUUUUUUUUUUUUUGGGCACGUUUGGGUUUUUUUUCCUGAUUUUUUUGGGCAUGUUUGAGUUUUAUCCCUGAUUUAUUGUUUUUGGGGUUAAGUUUGAGUUUUAUCCCUGAUUUAUUUUUUUUUGGGGGGGGUGGGGGGCAUAUUUAGGCAGUCACCAAAUCCCUGCGGAUGCUCCAGGUUUUCCCCAGGAAUAGGAAUUAAAUUGUUAACAGCAUCCCAAAUAACAGCACUGCUUUUUUUAGGGUUUGCAAAUCACAUUUUCCCACCUCCCUCUCCUUAACUCGAGGCUCUGCUCUUUUAGCUGUGGCAAGAAAAGCAGGAUAACUCUUCAUCAUCCAGAAUAAAAUCUGGGAAAAGUUUUGCUGGAAGCUGUUUGAUCCCUAAUUCUGUGUUUUCCCAGUUUUCCCCUGCACUGGGACACCAGUUUGUGCUGGGGGGGGGGAUUUAAUUUUAAAAUUUAAAAUUUUAAAAUAUUCCUAAAAUUUUCAUCAGGAUCCAGAGUUUUGCCUGGGUGGGAAUUGCUGUGGAUCUCUGGGGAAUGCCCUGCUGGGAUUCCUGGAUGCACUGAGUUCAAUCUUUCCCUGGUGGAUGUUUAUUAUUUAUUUAUUAUUUUAUUUUAUUUUUUUUUUUAAAUCCCUGGCAUGAUCUCCCAUCCACACCUUGGAGUUGUUCUCUGCCCAUGAAAAUCAGGAAUUUCCAUCAGAGCCUUGGAAACUGUGGAGUGAACUGAUCCUUCCUUGGGCUGGGAUUGUUUUGGGGAGCCAAAUCCUGAGCUCAGUGCUGCUCUCCUGCCUCAGCUGGGAAUUCCUGCCCAGCACCGAGGAGAUUUGGAGAUGCUGAGUGGGUUUUUGUUGGAGGGAAUCUCGUGGAGCUGAUUCCAGGUUAUCCAGGAAAAAAAAAAACAAAAAAAAACAAAAACAAAACAAAAAGCAGGAUCACAGAUAAGGCAGAGCUCCGGGGGUUGGAGGUUUUUUUGGUUUUAUUUUUUUUUUGAGUGUUUUAAAUCCCUGUUUUCCUGCCUCUUCCUCUUUGAGCUGUUUGGUUUGUGUGGAUGGAAGAGGGAGGCCAUAAAUCCCCAAGGAUAACAGAUUGGGAACAUCCUGCUGCUGUGGAACUCCAGUUUCCAGCCUGGAUGAGAAUCCAAAGGACCACGAUGGGCAUCCUGGAAUAUUGGGGUGUUCAUCUGCAUCCGCUGUGCUGGGAUCCACAGGAAUCUGGGAGUUCACAUAUCCAGGGUCAAAUCUGUCAACCUCGACCAGUGGACACAGGAACAGAUUCAGUGCGUGCAGGAGAUGGGGAAUGGCAAAGCCAAUCGUCUGUACGAAGCCUACCUGCCCGAGAACUUCCGGAGGCCCCAGACAGACCAAGCUGUGGAGAGUUUUAUCCGGGAUAAAUAUGAGAAAAAGAAAUAUAUGGACAGAAGCAUCGACAUCAGCGCCUUCAGGAAAGAAAAAGACGACAAAUGGAAAAGGAGCAACGAGUCAGAAAGAAAACUGGAACCCAUAAUCUUUGAGAAGGUGAAAAUGCCUCAAAAGAAAGACGAAACGCAGCAAUCCAGGAAAAGUUCCCCCAAAUCUGAGCCAGUCAUGGAUUUGCUGGGCCUGGACGCUCCGGUGACAACGGCCGUCACCAACGGCAGGCCCAGCAGCCUGGAGAAGGAUCUGGAUCUCUUUGCAUCCAUGGGAUCCAGCUCAGACUCCAGGAAGGUCGUUGGCUCCAUGCCAACCUCUGGAAGCGCCGGCUCCGUUCCCGAAAAUCUGAAUCUCUUCCCGGAGCCUGGAGGCAAAGGGGAGGAAGUGGGGAAGAAGCAGCUCUCCAAAGACUCCAUCCUGUCCCUGUAUGGCUCCCAAACAUCCCAGGUGCCAGCACAAGGAGCGAUGUUCAUGGCGCCAGCUCAGCUGGGUUAUCCCACCUCUCCCUACCCCGGAUUCCCAGGAGUUCCCCCUUCCAGCAGCAUCAUGGGGGGCAUAAUGGCCCCAUCCGUGGGGAUGCUGGCCCAGCCUGGAGCUGCUGGCAUGGUGGCCCCCGUGGCUAUCCCAGCAGGCUACGUGGGCAACGUGCUGGGCGUUCCCAACGGGAUGAUGGGGGCCCAGCAGCCCGGCUACGUGGCCGGAGUGGCCGCGGUGCCCCAGCCCGUGUACGGCGUGCAGCCAGCACAGCAGCUGCAGUGGAACCUCGCCCAGGUGACCCAGCAGAUGGCUGGGAUGAACUUCUAUGGAGCCAAUGGAAUGAUGGGCUAUGGACAGUCCAUGGGAGGAGGAGGAGGAGGAGGAGGAGGAGCAGCCCAGGGCAGCAAUCCCUCCCUCAGCUCCCCACUGUGGAAAUGAUCCCUCGCUCCCAUUGACCAUUUCUGCCUUUGUUCUGUUCUCCAAACCUGCUCCAUGAGACAUUCAGGGUUUUUGCUUUCAGGUUCGGGGAGCCAACCUCAACCUGAAUUUAUUCUUUUUUUUUUUAUUUCUUUUUUUUUUUUUUUUCUUUCCCCCCCCCCCCGAUCCCUGAGCUGCAUCUCUGCCUUUCCACUGUCACAGCCACGGGGACAGCUCGGUGGCCAGGCCAGGAGCACACCCCAUCCUCAGCACAGUCAAUGCACACAGGGGAGGGGAUCCCUCCCUGCACUGAGCUCCACCAGAGCUCCUGGGUAGCACUUGAUGCCCUGCUGGGCACCUGGGCACAGGUGGAACUGGGAAAUCUGGACCGAAUCCCACCCGGAAAGAUGGGAUUUCUCACUUCAAUACCAGUGUUAGAUUUUUUUUUUUUAUUAUUAUUAUUAUUUUUUUUUUGGGGGGGGGGUGGGGAAAGGGGUGGGAAACCUCGUUUGGUGCCGAGGAACUGGAUUUAAGCCGAGCCCAGGGGCAAGCAAGCCUUGCUACCUCUUCCCUUGAGCGGAGCUCUCCCUGCUCCCAAUCUCCUUGGAACCAAAGUCCUUUGGGAAAAGCCCUGUCCCACCCCCCCUGAGCAAGCAGGAAUCUCGCCCAGAGUGGGGGCAAAAACCGAUGGAAUGUGAAAAAACUUGCACUGCAGAGUGAAUUUUCUGGCUGGUGUUGGGAUUUGGUGGAAUUUCACUUUUAACAACCUAACCAGAGUUAAUUCUCCAGGGCCCAGAGCCCUGUGCAAGUUUUCUUACGCUUUUAAAAGUUACUCUGAAAUCCUAAUUUAUACCUUUUUCAUGUUGGUUUUUUUUUUUUUUCCCUCCUGUUUUGUUUCGUUCUUCUUGUCGUUGUUCCUGUGUAAAAUCCUGGUUCUCUCCUUUCCUGGCUCGCUUGGGACAUUUUAAUCUUAAGCAGAUUUCUUUUCUCACCUCCAGUAGAACCCAAAACUGCUUCAAAAGUCAGCAAGAAGUCGGACUUGUGGUCUGCUCUCUCCUGUGGAUAUGUAAAUUCCCAAAUAAAAUAUUGCAGUGGA